AUGGUCACAAAGUUGUCAAGCAAUCAAACCAGCAAUCAAGAUUUUGUAUUCAUCCUGACAGGACUUCCUGGUCUUCACAAUGUACAACACUGGCUUUCAUUUCCUUUCAUUAUCAUUUUUCUAGUAGCAUUAUUAGGCAAUGUUGCAGUUCCUCUAAUUAUUAUAAUAGACAAAUGCCUGCAUGAGCCAAUGUAUUACUUUAUUUCAAUUUUGUCUGUUGUAGAUCUUAUUGCAUGUCUUAGUGUGCUGCCCAGUGUUUUACUAACACUGGUAUUUGGGUCACUGUCUGUACUUCCUGAUGCCUGCUUCUUGCAAAUGUUUUGUGUUCCCUUUAUUGGAGUCAUGCAGUCUGCAGUAUUAGUAUUAAUGGCUUAUGAUCGCUACAUUGCAGUGUGCAAACCUCUGAGGUAUUCCACAAUUGUGACAAACACAUUUAUAGUAAAAGCAUUCUUACUCUUUACAAUUAGAAGCAUUUGUGCUGUGCUUCCUAUCCCUGUACUUGCUAAUCUAUUGCCAUAUUGUGGUGAGAGAAGUGUUCAAAACAUUCACUGUGAGUACCUAUCUGUUAUCAAUGUGGCAUGUGCUCGCACAACUAUUAGUGAUAAUUUUCACUAUAUCAUAUUUCCUUUGGUAGGACUGCCUGAUGCAACUUUGAUUGGACUGUCAUACUACAGGAUUGUUAGGGUCACAUUACAGUUGAAAUCAAAAGAAGCUCUACAAAAGACUUUUAGUACAUGCAGUUCUCAUAUUUCUGUGUUUGCCUUGGUUUAUUUAUCAGUGUUACUAUCAACAGUGUUAUCUCUUUCUGAAAACCACAUGCCACCAUACAUGCCCCCCCUAUCAUCGGUAAUUUACCUCCUCAUACCACCCACUUUAAAUCCACUGGUAUAUGGUGCAAAAUCCAAACAAAUUAAGAAAACAGUAUUAAAGCAUUUCAGAAACAUCAAGAGUACAUUAACAGACAAGCAAAGAACACACUUUUAA